AUGUCAGAACAGAAUCAGGAUCAAUCACAGAACCAACAACAAGAUUACUACAACCAGUACUACCAAAACAUGGGCCAACAGUCUGGAUUUCAGCCCCAGGGCAACCAGUUUAACCAGGGCAAUGAGUACUCGCAAUACCACCAAAACUAUGAUCCAAACGCCCAAACGUACCAAGGAUACAAUCAAGGAUACCAGGGGUACCAGGGGUACCAAGGGUACAACCAGGGCUACCAAAAUUACUACCAAGGUGGCCGUGGAGGCUACAAAAACUGGCGUGGAGGCUACAAGAACUAUAACCAGGGUUUCAACAACCAGGCCCAGUCUUUCCAGUCCUUUGAGCAGCAAUCUGGCUCGCAGGGCAUGACUUUGCAGGACUUCCAAAACCAGAAGAGCUCGAACCUGAACACUGCAGCUGCUUCGACCACUGCAGCAUCCACUGCAGCUCCUGCUGCCAAGCCCAAAAGAACACUAAAACUGGCUUCUGGGUCCGGUAUCAAGCUUGUUGGCGCUACCAAGAAACCUGAGGUGGUCAAGAAAGAGGAAGCUCCAAAGGACGUGGAACCUAAAGAAAACUCUAAGGCGGAAGAGCCAAAGGUGGACGAAAAGCAGACCGAGGACAGCACAGCUCAGGACUCCUUGCCCAAAGUGGAGAAGCUAAAGAUCAGCGAAGAUAAGUCAGCCAAAAAGGCAGCCGAGACCGCUUCUGCUGCUGUGGCCAGCUCAGCUGAAGCUCUCAUUAGAGAGCAAGAAGACGAGGUCGAUGAGGAAAUUGUAAACGAUAUGUUUGGCGGCAAAGACCAUAUGUCCAUCAUCUUCAUGGGUCACGUCGAUGCCGGUAAGUCUACUAUGGGUGGUAACCUGCUGUACUUGACCGGUUCCGUCGACAAGAGAACCGUUGAAAAGUAUGAAAGAGAGGCUAAAGAUGCUGGUAGACAAGGUUGGUACUUGUCCUGGGUCAUGGACACCAACAAGGAAGAAAGAAGCGACGGUAAAACCAUCGAAGUCGGAAGAGCCUACUUCGAGACCGAGAAAAGACGUUACACUAUCUUGGAUGCCCCUGGCCACAAAAUGUACGUAUCAGAAAUGAUUGGUGGUGCAUCCCAGGCAGAUGUCGGUGUUCUAGUCAUUUCAGCUAGAAAGGGUGAAUAUGAAACAGGUUUCGAGAAAGGUGGUCAAACCAGAGAGCAUGCGUUGUUGGCCAAGACUCAGGGUGUCAAUAAAAUGAUUGUCGUCGUAAACAAGAUGGACGACCCGACUGUUGGUUGGGAACAGGAACGUUACGAUCUAUGUGUGAAAAACAUUUCUGUCUUCUUGAAAGCUAUCGGAUACAACAUCAAGCAAGAAGUUAUUUUCAUGCCCGUUUCUGGUUACACGGGUGCAGGCUUGAAGGACCGCGUUGAUCCAAAGGACUGCCCAUGGUACAAGGGACCUUCGUUGCUUGAAUACUUGGACGGAAUGUCUCAUGUCGAUCGUCGUAUAAAUUCUCCAUUCAUGCUGCCUAUCGCCUCCAAGAUGAGAGACCUAGGUACCAUUGUCGAGGGUAAAAUUGAGUCUGGUCACAUCAAGAAGGGCGGCAGCACGCUACUGAUGCCUAACAGAACUCCUGUUGAAAUUGUCAAUAUUUACAAUGAGACCGAAGCCGAGGUUGACAUGGCCAUUUGCGGUGAACAGGUUAGGUUGAAGCUAAAGGGUGUCGAGGAAGAAGAUAUCUCUCCAGGUUUCGUGCUGACUUCGCCAAAGAAUCCUGUCAAAAACGUAACAAAGUUUGUUGCUCAAAUUGCCAUUGUUGAGUUGAAAUCGAUCAUCUCUGCAGGUUUCUCGUGUGUCAUGCACAUUCACACCGCCAUUGAAGAAGUCACCAUAACAAAGCUACUUCACAAACUAGAAAAGGGCUCUAAUCGUAAGUCUAAAAAACCACCAGCUUUUGCCAAGAAGGGUAUGAAGAUUAUUGCUGUCCUCGAGGCCGAGGAACCAGUGUGUGUGGAAACAUACCAGGAUUACCCCCAACUGGGUAGAUUUACUCUCAGAGACCAAGGUACUACCAUCGCCAUUGGUAAGAUUGUGAAAAUAGCGGAGUAA